AAGACUCCAGUUGAUGUUUGAAUGCGGUUCGUGUUGCAAGUGUUAAGCGGUAAAAAUAAGAAAAAAGAAACAUAAUAGAAAAGAUUUGACACAAAAUAUUAUAAAAGAAAACCAAAAUAGUUAUAUUUCAAUACAAAAAAACAAAGAUUGUUAAAAAAAAGAAAAAGUAAUAAAAUAUAAAUAAAUAAAAAAAUUAAAAAAAUAACAAAAUAACAAAACAAAGUUUUAUUAAAGAAGUGCCUUGAAAAAUUCACAAACAAAAUGUUGUUGUUACAUGUUUGAAGUGUGUGGGUCAAGUUUAUUAACCCACUUUACCUUUUAAAGGAUUUACAAUAAGAAACUGCAGCUGCUGACCAAAAAAAUAAUAUUACAACAACAUCAGCUCAACGACCUUAAAACCAUAAACUUGUGGUUUGCCAAAUGGUUGCAUUUGCAACAAACGCAACGUAAUAUUUCAACUGCAACUUAAGUCGCAAAUUUUUAGCAAUAACAAAAUAAAACAAAAAAUGAUUUUACAUCUCCUGCAUGUGGAUUUUAAAUCUCAAAAUUGUUUAUGCUUUUUUAGUUUUUCAUUGAUUUGGCUGUUAAUACUGCAUCAUUUGCACACUGCAAUAGGUCAUCCCGGCUGUGCCUUUCACGAUGGCGUCUCGGCGGAAAGUGAAGGUGUACGCUUCAUACGUCUACGUGAAGAUGCUGAAACGGGUAAAGAAAUCCUAACACUUAAAGCCUUUCCACGUUCCAAAAUUGCUCUACAAUCUGCCGAUAAUUCAGGAGAUCAUAAAUAUUUUGCCAUACAUGAAUUGAAUACCACCUCAGUGGUAGUAACACUAACAAGAUCUCUGGAAGAUCUUGUAGACAGAGAUGUGCCAAAAAAUCUAUUAAAAUUUCGCAUAAUAUGUGCGGCUAAAAAUGAAAAAUUAGAAGAGGGAAGUUAUCUUUCCGUAACAGUGUAUAUAGAAGAUGUUAAUGAUAAUAAACCAGAAUUUCUAAAUACACCCUAUAUAGUGGAUAUAGACGAGAAUACACCACCUGGCACUAUAGUAUUUGAGGGUAUACAGGCAUUUGAUCGUGAUAAACCGAAUACUCCUAACUCGGAGGUACAUUUUAGUAUGUCUACUGUACCCGAACAAUUGUCAGCCGAUGGUAGUCCUUAUUUUGCCUUGAAAAGUCCUCAUAGACCUUUGUUGAUUUUAAAAAAGGAAUUGGAUUUUGAUAAUGGCAUACGUUUAUUUAGUCUACCAUUAUUUGCCUGGGAUCGUGGCACCCCAGCAAAUCAGGUUAAUACUACUAUUACGAUAAAUGUUAAAGAUGUUGAUGAUCUGCCGCCAAAAUUUACGGAGGGUGUGUAUCGUACUAAGAUUAAUGAAUUUUAUCCAAUGACGGGCAUGCCCAUAAGAAUUCCCUUGUAUUUUGAUCCACCUAUAAUGGCUUUUGAUCAGGAUUCUUUAAAUGCUACUUUAGUUUACGAUAUAAUAUCGGGCAAUGAACGGAAAUUAUUUCGUGUUAAUCCUCAUAAUGGCAUUAUGUAUUUACAAAAGGAAAUCGAUUUGGAAGAGGAAAGUUUACCGGGAAAUACUUUUGUUUUGCAAAUUGAAGCUAGACAAAAGGAUAAUCCUUUGAAAAAGGCUUUGGCAAGAAUCGAAGUGGAAAUCCUUGAUCUUAACGACAAUGUUCCCGAAUUUGAAGCUGAUUUUUACAACAUUUCCAUUGUGGAAAAUUUACCCACCGGAUUCAGUGUCCUUCAAGUCAAUGCUAUCGAUCGUGAUCAAGGAGAAAAUGCCGAAUUUCUCUAUAACCUCAGAGAGGAACCUGAAGCUAGCGGAGCUUUUCGCAUUGAUUCACGUUCUGGUUGGAUUACCGUACGCGAUGAUCGUUUAUUAGAUCGUGAACAACGGAAAUCAGUUCAUCUUGAAGUAGAGGCUCUGGAACGUACACCUUCAUACAUGGAGGAUAUAAAUCUUAAGAGACCAGGACCGAGUAAAGUUAAGGUGGAAAUAACACUGCUCGAUCAAAAUGAUAACACGCCAAAGUUUGAACAUGGAAACUUGUACGAAUUUAAAGUGCCCAUCACAGCCACAGUGGGUUAUGUGAUAGGACAAGUUGUGGCAUUGGAUCCCGAUGAAGGACCCAAUGGUAUGUUGUUGUAUGAGCUACAGAGACCCAAGAAAAGUGGUUACAUACCUUUUCGAUUGGAUAAUAAAAAUGGUACCAUCUAUGUGGCUGGACCAUUGAGAAGGGGAAGAAUAGCGGUGUUUGUGGAGGCCAGUGAUCAGCCUUUAAAUCCUUCCGAAAGACGUUUCUCUUUAGCUGUUAUAACCAUUGAAGUUUAUGCCACCAUUGAUGAUCAGGCUAUAGAUUUCAUAGGGGCACCCUAUGAAUUUUGGGUGGGAGCUAGUGCUCCUUUGGGUACUUCAGUGGGUCAGGUGCGCACUACACUUAUUUACGAGGGUGAAGAUGAAAUUAUGUAUGAUCUUUUGCAUACCUAUUCGGAAGGAGUACCCUUUGCCAUAGAAGAAAGAUCGGGUAUUAUUACAGUUAUCAGGGAAUUGUCAGAAUUCACUCGCAAAAUUUAUUAUUUCGAAGCAGUGGCUAACUAUCUUUUUGCCAACUCUACACAACCUUUAAAAAUGUCGCGCAGUUCACAGCCUUUGACUACUGUACCGGCCCCCGAUUUAACCGACGAGGGAGUGUUAAUAACAAAUGUUACCAUACAUGUGGUAGCAAAACCUGAAGCUCGUGUUCCCCUUAGGCCAGUUAUAGAGGAAAUAAACAUGAACAUUAUAAAAUUCCACAUUGAAGAAAACAUAGUCGGAGGCAUAAUUGGCCAGUUGUUGUAUAAAAAUGGCAUAAAUAUUGUUAACAAUGAUUUGGAAUCCUAUAGAAGUCUCCCCGCAGAAACCAAUGUUACUCUCAAUUCACGAUUUCGCAGCAGAAAUCAAAGACAACAAAUACGCAAACGUUUGCCUAGAAGGUUGGUUCAGGAUAAUAACAUAAAACUACGCUAUAUUAUAGCCAAUCAGCAGGAAGUUAUUAAUAAAAUUACCAUAACUGAGGAUGGCACUUUGCUAACAUUAACCGGUUUGGAUCGAGAGCUAAAAGAUAAAUAUGACCUGACAGUUAUAGUGGAAUACACUACCGGUUUGGUGAGUGGUGCAGGUAUUUAUCAAGUGGAAAUUAAAGUAGAUGAUGUCAAUGAUAAUGCACCCGAAUUUGGGGAUGUCAGUUAUAUGGGUUUGAUUAAGGAGAAUAGUGCAAGAGGUUUGGAAGUGGCCCUUAAUAAGCCUGUUCUUAUUUCCGAUAAAGAUUUGGGCAAAAAUGCUGAAUUUAAAGUUGUUUUACAAGGAGACUAUAGUGAAAUGUUUAAAGUGGAACUGGUAAAUCAAGAUAAUGCCACAGUUUUAAAUACUCCACAAAUAUUUGAUGUCUAUAAUUUAACCGAACAAUGGAAAGAAGAUUUUAGAUAUCUAGAAAUGCAAACCGAUUUAAAACCCAUCAAUGUGAAAAUGAACAAUCAACCUUUUUUCAAAAUUUCUUACUCAGGCAUUAAGCCUUUAGAUCGUGAAAAGGAACAAAUUUACUCCCUCAAAAUAUUAGCUGUUGACAACGGCGGUCUAACUUCUUAUGCCAAUUUGAAUAUUCUUAUCGCAGAUGUUAAUGACAAUGCUCCCAUGUUUGAGAGGAUAUCUGUGUUCAAAGACUCCAAAGUGGAAAUUAGGGAAUAUACCAAUGAUAUGGAAAUAUAUUUUGUAGAAUCAUCAACCAAUCUUAUGCCUACCAUGUCUGCCUUAUCUUCAAAUAUAGUAAUUCCUCCAUAUUUCUUGCCCGGCUCUCCCCGUUUACAUACCGCAGAAGGUAGCUUCAAUAAUAGCCAAGCAGCGAGACCAAGAUCUAGAUCUAGAAUGCGUGCUAGAUCUAGGAUAACAAGAGCCAUGUUACCUUUAAAUAAAUGCCCUUUAUUUGCCGUCUAUGAGGAUACUCCAGUAUUAACCAAAAUUUUGCAAGUUACAGCCACAGAUGAAGAUUUUGGUCGUAAUGCCCAAAUACGCUAUGAAGUGACUGCGGAACAUGUAGAUCGUUUAACACAAGUCCAAAUAAGCAAUAAACAUCUUAAUAUUAAAUAUUUUGCUAUAGACAAAUUAACGGGAGAUGUGUUAGUCAACUAUCCCCUAAUAGCGAACGUUGAAAUUAUGCUAAAUAUCACAGCCUCCGAUAUUGAUAAUCUUCAAGACACCACCUGUCUACGUUUUGUGGUAAUAGACGUUAAUAAUCAUGCUCCGGUCUUUAAGAAAUCUUGGUAUAGUUUUGAUACCCAAGAGGGAGAUUAUAAAGAUUCAGUAUUGGGUCAAGUGGUAGCGGUAGAUUUGGAUUUUGGCGAAAACUCCAAUAUUUCGUAUUCUCUAAGUGAAACAGAUUUGCCAUUUAGAAUUAAACCCGUAUCGGGUGUCAUUAAGAUAAUAUCAUCUUUGGAUAGAGAAAUCAGAGACAAAUAUACAUUCCAAGUCAUAGCCACAGACAAUGCUGAACCGUUAUACCGGCUCUCUACCUACGUAGAGGUAGAAGUUAAUGUUUUAGAUUUGAAUGACAAUAAACCUGAAUUUAUUGGUUACGAUGAUGUUACCAAGGCUGAGUUAUAUAUACCCGAUGUGGCCGAUAGAACUAUGAAGGUGCCUCUGUAUAAAGCCUUCUUGGAUCGUAAUACCAAACCGGGCAUGUUUGUUAAACAAGUUAAUGCCAUAGACAAGGACUACAUAGGUAAUGGCAAUGGUUUAGUGUUGUAUUCUUUGCUCCAUCAAGAAGGUCAUGGUGUACCAGUGUUCCAUAUCGAUUCCCGAGAAGGUUCCAUUACCACCAUUAGCAAUUUUAAAGGUUACAAUGAUUAUGAACAUUUAAAUGUCACGGUCAUAGCUGCAGAUUUAGGCAGUCCUUCUCUAAGCUCCACGGCUAUAGUAUUGGUUAAUCUGCAAGGUCAAGCAAUAAUAGAAACCACCACUCCUAAGAUGGAGGAAGUUUUAAAUUUUCAAAAUGUUUCCUUUUUUCAACAUCAAUACUAUGAAAUACAACUAUUGGAGAAUAAUGAAGCCCCUACAGAACUUUUAAAAAUAAACUUUACUAAAGAUUUUAAUCCAGAAACUUUACGCUGGUCCUUAUGGGUAGAGCAGGGUUUAGAGCACCAAGAAGAGAGUCAUGAACUAUUUGAAUUUGAUGUUAAAACUUCAACUUUGUAUGCAUUAAAAUCAUUCGAUCGUGAACAAAAUGAUCAUUACCAAUUGCGUCUUAAAGGCGAGAAACCAAAUCGGGAGGCCAGAACAUAUACCCAUUUAUCCUAUCCCGUUAUCGAUGAACGUUUGGAGGGUUUAGAGAACAAUGAAUGUCGUUUGGUGUUAAAAAUUCUAGAUGAAAAUGAUAAUGCUCCCAAAUUUAAACAAUCCGGACAGCCCAUCAUAUCUGUUGUGCCACGCUCAGCCACAUUUGGUUAUCCCAUUACUCGAGUUGAAGCUAUUGAUCCUGAUUUGGGUCUGAAUUCGGAAAUACGUUAUCGUUUACUCAAUGAACAUUCACAUCUUUUUGGUAUUGAUGAGACUUCGGGCAAAAUUCGUUUGAUUGCUAAUAUAGAACCUUCCAAUGAUCGUGUUUAUGGUUUUGAUGUUAAGGCCACAGAUCGUGCUGGAGCUGAUGAUGGUCGCAGUAGUAUUGUAAAUGUUUUCGUUUAUAUAAUCGAUGAAAAGAAACAAGUGCGUAUUGUUGUGGCGGGCAAACCGGUAGACGUGGAGAAGAAAAUCGAUGCUUUAAUGCAGGGCCUAAGUGAGGCCAUUGGUAUGGAAGUCAGAGUGCGUUUGUUGGAACCUCAUAUUGGUGGUUUGGAACCGGCCACCGAUGCCUAUAUUUAUGCCGUCGAUUAUCGCUCGAAUUCUGUAGUUGAAAUGGAACAGCUACAAGAAUCUCUAGCUGCCAUACAACUUGACACGCUACAACAUCAUCAACAACAACAACUUUUACAAAACAAUCCCAAUGGUCCCUGGGAUUCCAGUAAGGCAAUGCCACGUAUUAUAGAAUUGGCAGAAUUUGGUCAAUUGCCGCGCAAGUCUACUCACAGUGCAACAUUCUGGAGUAGUUUAGAAAUAGUAGCCAUUGUUCUAGUUGCAUUUUGCGGCAUAGGAGCAGCCCUUACAGCAAUGUGUUUUAUGUGUAUGCGACAAAAACGUGGUCUUUGGUCACAACAAGAAUUUCCAUCAUCCGAAACUGGUUUAACUUAUACUAUAGCACGUGCUGGUCUAGAUUCAUGUCGUAGACGCCAUCAUCAAACGCAAACAGUAACACAAGAUCCACAUCUUCAACAACUACAACGCCAAAGUCAACAAUCAUUGUGUUCUUCUGGCAAGACCCAAUCGACAGCGGUGGCAACACAAAAACUAUCUCAAGACUGGUCAGCUGCCAAAUUGCAAUCACCACAACAUCAUCAAACGCAACCUCUCAGUCAGUCUCAUUCAUCAUUAUCGAAGCAGCAUUCUUCAUCAUCAUCUCACUAUCAUCAUCAACAUGCUCAUCAUCAUCAUUCCCAUAAUAAUAGUAAUAAUCAACAAACACAGCAAACACAAAAUAACACACAACAUCAAUAUGUUCCUCAAAUACAACAUCAGCAUCAACAUCAUCAUCAGCAUUUAAAUAAUGACUGUUUAGAUUAUAUUGAGAUUUUUCCAUAUUUACGUGAACCAGUUGUUGAAAAUACCACACUACCAGAGUAUAUAUUUUGUAAUCAAACACACUCAAACAAAAUAGUGUCGCCACAAAGUAGCAAAAGCAGCAGCAACAACAAAAAUAACAACACCAACAACAGCAUCAUCUAUAAUAAAAAAGUAUCCAGUCCAUUUACCAUGUCUAAUAUUGGCACGUAUGCCAAUAUAUCUUCUGCCACUUCCACCACAACCAUCAUGAAUAUAGAUGAUUUACCGCCAUAUGAAUUUAUUUAUAGUUCGGGUAAAAUCUUCGCCUUACGUCUACGUUUCGCUAAACCUCUGCCACCGAAAAUCGAUAAUUGGUGUUUAAAUGUCAGUUUGGAAUAUAGAUUUUUAAAAAAAGACAAUUUCAAAAAUGAUGGCCGUCUUAUACCGGGCACCUAUUGUGAUUAUUAUUUCUUUGCUAAUCCCGAAGUGCCUCCAAAUUCCUUAGAUAUAUGGAAAUAUUUUCAUUCUCCUCACUUUCCCGCCAAAUAUCCCAGUCAUAUUAAGUGCUCUUAUAAAUUUAUCGGCAGACCUGAAACUCGUGUAGAAGUUAUAUUUGAAGAAUUACGCAUACCCAAAAAAGGAACAAGUUGCAAUUUAGAUAAACUCACGAUAUUUGAUGCUGAAUCCGCCAAUAUGAAUGCUGUUAUUGAUGUUUUAUGCGGUUUACUUACCACCACACGCCAUAUCCUUAGUACUGGUCCCGAUUUAUUAAUUGAAUUUAAUGCCAGUUCGAAUAUAACAUCCAAAGGUUUUAGAGGAAAAUUUAAAUUUAUACAAAAUGAUAUAGUCAAUAGUAUAGCAACAGAUUCACCAAUUGUUGGAGAAAUUCAUACAUCAUUAAAGAAACCAAAUAACAAUAUUUUGGCGUUUAAUAUGAUGGAAAAUUCUAAACUUUCGAAAGGAUUUAAGGAGGGAAAUUGCAAAGAAAUUUAUGACUCGCGUUGGAAUAAAACAGGGGUAUUUGAAUCGAAUCAGCUGUUUACAUCAAAUGUCAGAUUGGCGAAUGUAAACAAUCUAGUACCGUUCCACAACACAGGGCGUAUCGAAUGUAUUUAUGAAUUUUAUGCCAGUGGUGAUGAACGUGUUCAAAUUAAAUUUCUCGACUUUAAUAUACCAACCGAACAUAAAAAUUCAUCAGAAUGUAAACCAAAUGAUUCUUUACAAUUGUUGACACAAGUUAAGGGAAAGUAUGAGCCGGUUGAUUUUUAUUGUGGGGCAUUUUUACCCAAGCCUAUAAUGUCGAAAGGUCCUAAACUAAUGUUACAAUUUAUUGGUAAAUAUCCUACGAAUCAUCAAAAAGUUGGAUACUACGGUUUCAAAGCAGAGUACAAGUUUCUAACAAAUUAUGGUAUAACUACUGGCUAUCAAUUGGGUCACAAUUGCAGUUUUAUUUACAAUAGUACAACAAAGAAAACUGGAUUUUUUACUUCGCCAAAUUUUCCAGGUCUUUAUCCACAAAACAUUGCUUGUCACUAUCUUUUCUAUGGUGAAUUUGAGGAAAAGGUCAAGAUUAAUUUUAGUUUUUUCGAUGUGGAGGGAAUAGACAGUUGCGGUUAUCUAACAGCCAGUGAUUAUGUUGAAUUUUCAAAUUUUAUCAGUACGGAUCGUAAAUUUCCAAAAUAUUGUGGCAAACGUGAUAAAUUUGAAAUACGUUCAGAUGAUCGUUUCUUCAGAGUGUCCUUCUAUACAAACGAUCGUUUUGAUCGUAAUGGUUUUCGUGCGUAUUAUGAAUUUGAAGGAAAAUCGACGCCGUCUGAAAAUACUUCGGUACAAAGUUAUACAUCCGUUUUGUCUAAUGGAUCUAAUUAUGAAACACAUUUUAAUUUUAUAAAGUUGUUAAUAUUAUUAAUUUAUCCUUUUCAUAUAAUUAUUAUGUGAAAUUGUUUGUAGUUAAAAUUAUUGUACAUACAAAAAAAUGUUUUAGAAAAGUACAAAUCCUUUUGUU